GAAGUUGACUCGCACUGCGGCUGCGCGGCUCGCUGUGUGCCGCCCAACUUGCGCCAAAAGCACGACCAUCGCAUCUCCAAUUUAAAAAAUAAUAAAAAAAAAAUAAAAACUCCCCGUACGAGGCGUAUUCCAUUCCAGAAGAUACGGGUUUAAAUUAAAAUAAACAUGGCAUGUUGUACGCGUUCGCCGCGACCCUGGCCGAUCUAGCGACCAUCUCAAUAUGUGUCUUCGGGAUUGGACUUAAGUUUUAUGAAUAGUGUUAGUUGAUUUCUUGUGUGCACUGUGUGGUGAAACGUGUGUUUUAUCCCUAAUUGAUCUUAAUGAAAACCCUGUGGGACCAAGCCGAUUGAAAGCAGCGACAUUCUAUGAAAAAUAAUCCUAUAUUUAAAUUUUUAUCUAAAAUUUAACAUAAACAAAUAUAAUAUAAUAUCUAUGCCUUAAGUUUCAGACAUCCUAUCGUAUUAAUUCUAAAUAUUUACGUAACGUAUAAUUCUACAAUAGAUAGGUUCUGUAAUUUGUGUCAAAAUAAAUAACGUGUGGAUUGAAUAUUGAAUAUUCGUAUGAUAACGUCGUAUAGUCGUAUGUCGGGAGUGGACACUCUGGUUCAACAGAGUGAUAUUACACAGAUCAAGAUGAAUGCCACAGAUGGUGGUGGCGAAGAUGUGGCUGCGACUCCAACCACUCCAGUUGCAAACCCGACGCCAGAUGCCGGCCCCCUUAUACCGGUACCCGUAGCUCCUCGCAAGCCUGCUCGACGAGGGCCGAAGGUGCAGCAAGAGAGACCGAAAAGAGCUCUCUUCUGCCUUACCCUCAAGAAUCCGCUAAGAAAAUUGUGCAUAGAUAUCGUAGAAUGGAAACCGUUCGAAUGGAUGAUACUUACAACGAUUUUCGCGAACUGUAUAGCGUUGGCCGUCUAUACUCCGUAUCCUGCAAGCGAUUCAAACUACACGAACUGGGUCCUGGAAAAAAUCGAAUACAUAUUUCUCGUCAUAUUCACGGGGGAAUGUGUAAUGAAGAUCAUUGCGUACGGCUUCGUCAUGCACCCUGGCUCAUAUCUUCGGAAUGGCUGGAAUUUGCUCGACUUCACAAUCGUUGUUAUUGGUAUGGUGAGCACAGUACUAUCUAGUAUCUUCAAAGAUGCGUUCGACGUGAAAGCGCUGCGAGCGUUUCGUGUUUUAAGACCGCUGAGACUGGUGUCGGGAGUCCCUAGCUUACAAAUCGUGUUGAAUUCCAUCUUGAAGGCGAUGGUACCGUUACUCCACAUCGCGUUGCUGGUUAUCUUCGUCAUAAUUAUAUAUGCCAUCAUCGGUCUCGAGUUGUUCUCAGGCAAGAUGCAUAAAACGUGUUACAACAGACUAACAGAUGAGAUUAUGGAUAAUCCGCAUCCAUGUGACGUGGACAACGGUUUCAACUGUUCCAUGAUUGGCGAUGAUAUGGAGUGCAAAGAAGGUUGGAUCGGUCCCAACUUUGGUAUCACGAAUUUCGACAACUUCGGCCUGUCUAUGCUCACAGUCUUCCAAUGCAUAACUUUAGAGGGCUGGACAGAUGUCAUGUACAAUAUACAAGACGCGAUGGGGAACAGCUGGGAAUGGAUAUACUUUGUAUCGAUGGUCAUAUUGGGAGCAUUUUUCGUUAUGAACCUAAUUCUCGGUGUGUUGUCUGGAGAGUUCUCCAAAGAAAGAGAGAAAGCGAAAAACCGAGGAGAUUUUCAGAAGUUAAGAGAGAAACAGCAGUUAGAAGAAGAUCUUAAAGGUUAUCUAGACUGGAUCACGCAGGCUGAAUACCUUGAGCCACUCGCAGAUCAACACGAUACUGUAGACCAGAAGAGAGAUUAUGUCAUUGGCAACUUAAUAGGUCAGAACCAAGCAGAAAACGAUUCAACGGACCACUUAGGUAUAGAACCGGUCGAGCAACAGAAAAUUUCUAUAGGUAAAUUGUGGAAGAAAGACUUUGAUAAGGCGAACCGUCGCAUGAAGCGAGCGUGUCGGCGCGCAGUUAAGUCGCAGACCUUCUACUGGCUCAUCAUUGUACUCGUGUUUCUAAACACCGUCGUGCUGGCCAGCGAGCACUACCAACAGCCAACAUGGCUCGAUCACUUUCAAGAAUAUGGAAACGCGAUGUUCGUAGCACUUUUUACAUUGGAGAUGUUGGUCAAAAUGUACAGUUUAGGCUUACAGGGCUACUUCGUGUCACUAUUCAAUCGGUUUGAUUGCUUCGUGGUGGUGGGAUCCAUCAGCGAGAUGGUGCUGACGAAGAGCGAGCUGAUGCCACCGCUCGGCGUGUCGGUGUUGCGCUGCGUGCGCUUGCUGCGCGUCUUCAAAGUUACCAAGUACUGGCGUUCACUGUCUAACCUGGUUGCGUCUCUGCUCAACUCAAUCCAGUCCAUCGCGUCCCUACUGUUGCUACUUUUCCUCUUCAUCAUGAUCUUUGCGUUGUUAGGCAUGCAGGUUUUUGGUGGCAAGUUUAACUACGACCCAGUGGAGGAGAAAGAUCGACACAACUUCGAUUGCUUCUGGCAAGCGUUGCUUACGGUUUUUCAGAUCUUAACAGGUGAAGAUUGGAACGCGGUAAUGUACGAAGGGAUCAAGGCAUAUGGUGGAGUCGGUACAUUCGGCAUACUUGCCUGUAUCUACUUCAUCAUACUCUUUAUUUGCGGCAACUACAUUCUACUAAACGUGUUCUUGGCCAUCGCUGUUGAUAACUUAGCUGACGCAGAAUCUUUGACCAACAUUGAAAAAGAAGAAGGUCAGGGUGCAGAAGAGAAAGAAGAAGAUCAAGGUGAAGUAGAAGGCGCGCUUGCAGAUACUGAUGAUGAGUAUAUUCACGACGACGAUGCCUACACAACUGACAAUUCUGAUAGAGACUACGAAGAAACAGGAUCGGAAGGUGAGCCACAAGAAGAAAUAGAUGUAGAUGCAGAAGAUGCUGUAAUUGAUGAAGAGAGUGAUGAAAGAAUCGAAGAAGAACAAGAAGGUGAAGAAAUUGAGAAUCAUCAGAGAAACCACAUAGAUGGUGGCGAGUUAGAAGAGGAGGGAACGCUUGUAACCGCUAGACCACGGCGGAUAUCUGAACUGAAUAUGCCAAAUCAGACGCCGCCAAUACCGAACGCUAGUAGUUUCUUCGUAUUCUCACCAACGAACAGAUUUCGAGUGUUCUGCUAUAAGAUGUCAGCAUCUUCGACAUUUGGGAACAUAAUCCUGGUGUGCAUCAUGCUGUCCUCUGCCAUGUUGGCAGCAGAGGAUCCUUUAGACGCUGCCCAAAAAGGGUUUAGGAAUUGGUUACUGAGUCAGUUCGACAUAUUCUUCACUGGCAUCUUCACGCUCGAGCUGUUCUUGAAGCUAGUGACAUACGGCCUCAUUUUGCACGAGGGUGCCUUCCUGCGUUCCGCCUUCAACGUACUCGACAUGCUUGUUGUUUGCGUCUCUCUAAUCUCUAUGAGCUUUAAGUCUGGAAGUAUAUCCGUGGUGAAAAUAUUGCGAGUAUUCAGGGUGCUGAGGCCUCUAAGAGCCAUUAACAGGGCCAAGGGCCUUAAGCACGUUGUUCAGUGCGUGAUCGUUGCAAUCAAAACGAUUGGAAACAUUUUGUUGGUAACGUCCUUGCUUCAAUUCAUGUUCGCGGUCAUGGGAGUGCAAAUGUUCAAGGGUAAAUUUUUUAGAUGUAACGAUAUUUCGAAAAUGACAAAAGAUGAGUGUCAAGGAACUUAUUUAGUAUUCGAAAAUCGUAAUUACGUAGUUAGAGAUAGAGAAUGGAAAAGAAAUGACUUUCAUUUUGAUAAUGUUAUGAAAGGGAUGCUCACCCUUUUCACUGUAUCCACUUUUGAAGGAUGGCCAGGGUUAUUGUAUGUAUCUAUAGAUUCGAAUGCAGAGGAUCGUGGUCCCAUUACUAACUUCCGUCCAAUUGUUGCAGCAUAUUAUAUUAUUUACAUUAUUAUAAUUGCCUUCUUUAUGGUAAAUAUAUUCGUCGGUUUCGUCAUAGUGACAUUCCAAAAUGAGGGUGAGCAGGAAUACAAGAACUGUGAACUAGACAAGAACCAAAGAAAUUGUAUAGAAUUCGCCUUAAAAGCUAAACCUAUUAGAAGAUAUAUACCAAAGCACCGAAUCCAGUACAAAGUGUGGUGGUUCGUCACCUCUCAACCAUUUGAAUACGCGAUCUUCGUUCUCAUUAUGAUAAACACUAUCACCCUCGCCAUGAAGUACCAUAACCAGCCCCACGAGUAUAGCAAGGCCCUCGAUAUGCUCAACAUGAUAUUCACUGCGGUCUUCGCUCUUGAAUUUAUCUUCAAAUUAGCUGCAUUUCGGUUUAAGAACUAUUUCGGAGACGCAUGGAACACGUUCGACUUCAUCAUCGUUUUAGGUAGCAUCAUCGAUAUCGUCGUAUCACAAGUAAAUGAACUCAAAAAUCAGGGAAGUGGGUUGCAAAGAACACACGUUGUUAAGGAAAGUUCGAUCCCAUCUAUAAACUUCUUCCGCUUGUUUCGUGUGAUGAGACUCGUCAAGCUGUUGUCUCGCGGGGAAGGCAUUCGCACGUUACUCUGGACUUUCAUCAAAUCAUUCCAAGCACUGCCAUAUGUUGCUCUGUUGAUCUUGAUGCUAUUCUUCAUUUACGCAGUGGUCGGGAUGCAAGUAUUUGGGAAAAUUGCAAUAGACGACGAUACACCUAUUACACGAAACAACCACUUCCAGACAUUUCCGCAAGCCAUAUUAGUUUUGUUUCGAUCAGCUACCGGUGAAGCUUGGCAAGAUAUAAUGAUGGGAGUAUCCCCGGAGCCUGAAGUGCGCUGUGAUCGUAACUAUGAUGAGGAGGGUGAGGAAGACAGUAGCGGUUCCUGUGGCAGCGUACUCGCAUUUCCCUACUUCAUCUCAUUUUAUGUGCUUUGCUCCUUCCUCAUUAUUAAUUUGUUCGUCGCCGUUAUCAUGGAUAAUUUUGACUAUUUAACCAGAGACUGGUCGAUAUUGGGACCACACCACUUAGAUGAAUUUAUAAGGUUAUGGAGUGAAUACGAUCCAGAUGCUAAAGGAAGAAUAAAACAUUUAGAUGUAGUAACAUUAUUAAGGAAAAUAAGUCCGCCUUUAGGUUUCGGCAAAUUGUGCCCUCAUCGUGUGGCGUGCAAGCGUCUGGUUUCCAUGAACAUGCCGCUUAACUCAGACGGAACAGUUCUCUUCAACGCCACACUCUUCGCUGUCGUGCGAACCUCACUUAAGAUCAAAACUGAUGGCAAUAUAGAUGACUGCAACACGGAACUUCGUGCAGUUAUCAAGAAAAUCUGGAAGCGAACCUCUCCUAAGCUUCUCGACCAGGUAGUACCACCUCCUGGAGACCCUAACGAGAUCACUGUUGGAAAGUUCUACGCUACCUUCCUUAUACAGGACUACUUCAGAAGGAAUCACGCGUUCAAAAAGCGUAAGGAGCAAGAGAUGAGACAGAGUGACGAGCAGAGUCACCAAAUGACAUUGCAAGCUGGCUUGAGAACCCUGCACGAAGCUGGACCGGAACUAAAGCGAGCUAUAUCGGGAACUCUUGACGAAAUUGUUGCUGAUAAUGAUAUUCCAAUGCAUAGGAGAAACCAUUCGUUAUUUGGUGGAGUGUGGUCAAGUAUACGCAGGCAUGGUCCCAACCGGCAGUUCCAUAGACACAGGAAACAUGGAGAAGCCCCUCCCGUAGAAGGAGUAGGUAACCAUUUGAGUUCGAUGAUGCAGCGUGAAUACGGAAUGGCUGCCGUGCCACUGGCACCCAACCUAGCUAACGGACAGCCAAAGGAACAAAUACCUUUGAGACCUCUCAUAUUCAACGGGGAGUCGGAGAAGAUAUACCAGGUGCUCGACAACCAAAAGUCGAACUACCCGGAGAUGCUCGGACAGAUAGGUCUCGCGUUCGGAUGCGUCAACUAUCUCUCGACGCCGGAGACGGCCGGAGCCAAGUCGACCUCGCCGUCGAGGCAGAAGAUCCACCCGGAAGGGGAAAGCAAGCUCACCCUGCCCCGCAAGGCGUCCCCCGAGGAGCGCACGCCGUCGCCCGGCGAGACCAUAGCGCCGAAGAUCUCGCUGCUGCUGGCGCGCGAGUGCACGCCGGCGGAGUCGCGGCCGAUGACGCUGUACGGGUACAACGCGGCGGCGCGCCUGCCCUUCGCGUUCUCGCACGCGCGCGCGCGCCGCAGCCUGCGCGCCGCGCCCGCGCCCGCGCCGCCAGGUCGGAUGGUGCGCAGCGCCUCCUCGGGCGCGCGAGCCCCGCUUGUAGCCCCGCCGCACCCAGGAGGCGAUAGUUCCGGACGCGGCGUGGUAUCGCUACCCGGAAGCCCUCGGAACAGCUCAUCAGUGCCCGUUGUUGGUUCCGCGGAGAGCCUGGUCACGAGGGUACUGGCUGAACAAGGCUUAGGCGUUUACUGUGAUCCAGAAUUCGUAAGAAAUACUUCAAGAGAAAUGCAGGAGGCACUUGAUAUGACCCAAGAACAAAUGGAUAGAGCGGCGCACCAACUAAUGAUUCAAGAGAGAAAUAUAAAGCAAGUUCAAAACCAACAAGCCCAAGUGGGUAACUUUUGGGGUGUUGUAGGGCGAGAUCCUAGCCCGUCAGUACCAUCCCUACCACCAGCCAGCCAUGCCGCCGCCCACCAAGCGGUUAUAGCACCAACACAAAAUGGCGUCCAGAAAGGCGUCGACAAAUGUCAUCCGCAGCAUAGAAGAAAACGAAAACGCAAGCCGGUGCUUGUUUAGACAAUUUAAAAACAUACCUUGCGUUAUUAAUUUUACACUAUGAACAAAAAAAAAUAUAUGCUCAAUUGUUUCUCUUAUACCUUCGUGUCAUAGACCUUAGCCUUUUUGGCAAUUAAAGUAGAUACUUGAAAAGAAGGAUCAAUACUAGGUAUAUACUGAAUUUCUUCAAUUGUGACUAACGCGAUUAAAAGUGAGAUCUGUAGUUCAGUAGGUAUUUUAUAGCAAAAUAUAGAUACUAAGAGCCUGGUAUAAUAUUAGUGUAAGGUUAUUGGGUAUUGCUCUUUUUACCAUGAUCAUAAUAAUUAUAGCUUACGGCUUAACUAAAGUAUUCGCUGGAUUUAAUAUUUGGUACUGAGGACAAUUCUGGAAUGGAAAUUUUGGAAUGAAUAUUAAAACAAAGAAAAAACCUAAUGUUAUUAUAGAAAUAUUUUUUUUAAAAAAAAUAUUUUUGUCAUAACCAACUGUAUGAAAUAUAUAUGAACCAAAAUUUUAAAUUAAAUAACAACUAUUUUAGAUUUAUACUCAGAUCUGCAAUUGUUCGCUAGUAUUAUAUAAGUCGAGUAUAUAUUAUAUACUUUUCAGCCGAAUCGUAGCCAUUUCGUUAUUGAAUUAUUCGACUUAAUACUAAAACAGUAAGAACAAGGCAAUAACAGCUUACGCAUUACGCAACGUCGUCAUAGCUGGUAGCUAGUCGAUAUCAAAAAACGUAAAACGAAGUGUUAUUUUUUUUAAAAAAAAGUUUGUUCGAGCUUUAAGUUUAUUUUAAAAUGUAUAAAAUUGUGUGCAACCAUGAAAUAAAACAAGUAUUUAUAAACGUAAUCCCACUACGUAGUUCAUAAGCAGAAAUUUUUAUUUGAAUAAUUGUGUGAAAAUCUUAAAUCUUUUUCACCUCUGUUUUGAAUAACCUGACUGAUUAAACAGUUAAUUUGUGACAAUUAUUUUACCUACGGGUAAAUUUGUGUACCGACUAAAGAAAAAAUUCAACACAAUUUUUGCAUUUUUACUCACGUAUCUUUAAUGAACCAGAUUGACAAUAUUGCACUUAAAGACUUGACAAACUUUAUAACUUAGUAAUUCAAUUCGGAUUAAAUUGUUAAAAUAUUAUAAAUCGAUCCCAAAAUAACGGGAGUUAAAAUUACUUUUAAAUAAUUAUUCUGUAAGUUUUAUAUCAUAAAAUCACAUAUUAACCCGUGAUCAGAAUUCAACAGAUAAUUUAAUAAAACUAAAAUAGAACGUCAUCAACUUUCAUAAUCAAAGGAAUUGAAAUACUUUUAACACAGUAUUUUAUCGCACGUAAUACAUUGUAACGAACCGUAUUUCGUAAAAGACAGUAGAGAAAUAAAUAAUGUUUAUUAUUUAUCAUUAUGAUACAUUAUAAUAUAAGAUAGCAUUUAUAACUAAAAUAUUUUUCAAUGAGGUUAUGAUGCGAGAUAUGAAAUGAAUAUGAAAAAAAACAAAAAUCAAGAUUAUUUAUUAAUAAAAAAUAACAUUCUAAACUUGAUUCAAUCUUCCCCGAGGCUCAGUGAGAUUUAAAAAAAAGAAAG